AUGGCCACUUCCAACGCGUCGGCCAGCCAGCCCAGCGUACGGUGGACGCAUUUCUACGCGGCGCUCCAGCUCGCCAUUCAGCGCUCAGCGCACAAGUGGACUUACGAGGACUUUGUCGAAUGCUUUCCUUUGUGGUGCGAGGAGGAGAAGAACGGCGCGUCGGGCGUCUUCAACACCGUCUCUAGGUUUGUGGAGAACGAGACCACGAAACUAUGCGAUGAGCUGUUUGCCAACUAUGACGUGCAGAGGAACCUCGAUAGCAUGCACGCCGUCGUCACUGAGGCGCGAGCUCGGAAACAGAGCGGUGAGGCAAGAAAGGACGCAUGGCGCCCAGACCUUGAGCCACGAGCGGCCGUACGGGCGUGGACAAUACCUCUCCUGCAACAAGAGCGCGAUCGCCUGCGAGCGCAGUUGGCACAGCUGGAAGACGAGAAUAUGCGACUGCAGAGUAAGAUGCAAGAGAAUGUAAAGGCGCGACAAGUCGCGAAUGAUCAGAUUACCGAAAUGCUUACCCUCCUCAACGAGGUCUACGAGAGGUGGAAGGACCUCCCAGUCGACGACAUGCAGUCCUGGACCCUCCAGAUGGCCGAAACGCAAAGCGCCAUCAUCCCACCGCCAUGA